AUGGCGGAAAACACUAGACUCAAGGAGUUACAAACUGACAUGAAAAAGGCAUUUGAUGCGAUUGAGGCGCAAGAUCGUAAGGGCAUCGAUUUGGGUCUCAGAAUGUCUCAGUUUGAAUCGCAAAUGACCGGAAUACAACAAACAUUGGAACAACUCACGCUUAAUCUUUCAUCAUUUUCUUCUGAUCCGUCAAAUGGAGCGAUAAACUCUGAGGCUGAACCCAAACCUUCAUCUUUGGUUCCUCCUUUGCAGAUGUGGCAUGUGAAGUUAGAUUUUCCAAAAUUUGACGUUCAUUUUCAAGGUUUAGUUAUUCCAUGGUUCCAAAUGCUUCAACGAAUGAAUCAAUUGCCGUCAUGGGCUGCUUUGGCCACUGCCAUUGAAUCGCAGUUUGGUCCUUCGUCGUUUGACAAUGCUCGUCCCAAGCGUUUUAAACUGGCUCAGACUUCUUCCAUCUCCAAUUACUACAAUGAAUUCAUGCUCCUCGCUAACCAUAUUGCUCAAGCCCGUUUGUUUAAUGAACAAGAUACUGUGGGCUUUUCGGUUUCGACCCCAAAAACUCCUUUUGUGCGAUCCAACCUAAACACGGCUCCUUCUUCAUCUACUAAGGGGCCAUCCUCUUCAUCAACGCCUUCUCCUUCUGUUUUACCACCGCUUUUACCCACACCGCCUGUCAAGCUGUCACAUCCUGUUCGUCGUAUGUCCUCGGCCAAACAACAAUUACGUCAGGAAAAGAGACUAUGUUUUACAUGCGACAAAAAAUAUACUUGGAAUCACCGUUGUCCAAAUAAACAGCAUUUACUUUUUGAGCUUGAGGAGGAUCUGCCCCUACCACAGCCUCCCGACGUUUCCCCGGAUUCUGAAGCUGCCCUUUACCAUCUUUCUUUGAACGCUUUUCGGGGUUCUCCUAGCAGAGCAACCCUUUAUUUUCAGGGCGCAAUUUCCGGUAAGCCUGUCCGUGUACUACUUGAUGGAGGUAGUUCUGACAGUUUCAUUCAGCCGCGCUUGGUGCAUUCAUUACAUCUUCCGGUGCAACCUUUGCCUCACCUGAAGGUCAUGGUGGGUGAUGGGUCUUUUCUACAAACUGAGGGUUAUAUCCCUGCUUUAUCUAUUUCAAUUUCAGGUCAUACUAUUACUAUUCCCGUUUAUGUCUUGGCGGUAAGUGGCUCUGAAGUUGUCAUUGGUGCUUCUUGGUUGGCCACUCUGGGUCCUCAUAUUGCGGAUUAUAGUACUGGCUGCAUUAAAAUUUUCUCUGGUGUUACGGAUGAGAAUCCUUUUCCUCCAAACUUGCCUCCUGAUUUAUUAUCUGUCCUGCACCAGUUCGCUUCCGUAUUCCACUUGCCCAAAGGUUUGCCUCUUGCCCAUCCUCAGGAUCAUGCAAUUCCUCUUCAGGAUGGGGUCACUGCGGUUAAAGUCAAACCGUAUCGUUACCCAUUUGCACAAAAGACAGAGAUUGAACGCAUGGUUAAUGAUAUGCUUUUUCAGGGGACGAUUGCACCCAAUACUUCUCCUUUCUCUGUCCCAGUUUUAUUGGUCAAGAAACAUGAUGUUACGAUCAAAGACUCCUUUCCAAUUCCCACGGUUGAUGAACUUUUGGAUGAGUUGCGCGGUUCUGUGUUCUUCUUGAAAUUGGAUCUUCGAUCCAGGUACCAUCAAAUUCUAGUUCGUCUUGAAGAUCGCCACAAAACUGCUUUUCGCACUCAUAAUGGUUUGUAUGAAUGGCUUGUAAUGCCAUUUGGCCUCACCAAUGCUCUGGCCACUUUCCAAGCAGUUAUGAAUGAUCUAUUCUGGCCUUUCUUGUGUAAAUUUGUUCUCGUGGAUUAUUUAGGCCAUCUUGUGUCUCAACAUGGUGUUGAAAUGGAUCCCUCCAAACUGAGUGCAGUGCGUGAUUGGCCUGCUCCAACUACGGUUACUCAGUUAUGUGCUUUUUUGGGCUUGUCAGGUUAUUACCACCGCUUUAUUAAGCAGUAUGCUAAGAUUGCUAGACUGUUGACAGAUUUGCUGCAGAAGGAUCGCUUUGCUUGGUCUUCGAGUGCACAAACAGCUUUUGAUUCCCUUAAGGCUACUUUGUUGGAGGCACCUAUACUUGCUCUUCCUGAUUUUUCCAAGCCAUUUGUCUUGGAAACAGAUGCCUCGGGUCAGGGAAUAGCUGUUGCUAAGUUCCGACACUACCUGUUGGGUCACCACUUCAUUAUCCGUACGGAUCAGCGUAGUUUGCGGCAUUUACAGGAAUAG